CACCGGAACUUUUCAGCGAGCUUAAAGCCAAAUCAUUGGCCUCGACGUCGGCCACCAAAUAUGCCGGGACCUGGUUUCAGUGGACGAAGUGGUGUCAACUUCUGCACUUACCGGAGUGGCUCCCCGCAGAGCGAGCGCACCAUUCAUAUCAACUCGCCUUUUUUGCUACCUACUGCUGGAAGUUCGGAUGGAGCAACUCCAAGACAGGCAACUCUGCCUCAACCGUGCUCGCCAAGAUCAGCCGCGUGUCGUGGUAUCAUCGGCGAUUUUGCAGGAUACAGCGUUGGACUUACCCCAGGACACCAGCUCGCCAUCACUGGUAUGCGCCGAGAAGAUCCCCCGACAAACCCGAAAUUACCCAUCACACUACAAUUCCUCAAGAGCCUGCACAAGUUCCUUAACUUCGACUUCGCCCAGCACCGACUUUUGAGGAAAUCAGAGUAUUUAGCGGAUGGGGCCAAAGUGAAAUCGUACGCGAUCCGAAGGACCGAUGUUCGCUUUUUGGAUAGCGAUGAUCACGAGCAACAGGAACUGAAGCGCGUUCAAAAAGUUCAAAUUCGAUUCCGCGGGAGCAAAACGGAUCAAUUCGGCGAAGGCACCACCAGGACACUGGAAGAUCGGGCCUAA